ACCGCGAGUGGCUGGGCACUUCCGGAGCCCGACCGGAACCGGAAGCUUCCGGGAACAGGGUGGGUGGGCGGUGCCGAAAAUCAAAUAAAGCGCGGCGAACGCCGGAGCCCUGAGCUGUCAGGGUGGUGGUGGAUCUUCAGCAGGGCUGCAAGGGCCAAGGUCUGUCUCCAUGGAUUCUACCGCCUGCUUGAAGUCCUUGCUCCUGACCAUCGGUCAGUAUAAAGCCGUUAAGUCAGAGGCGAACGCAACCCAGCUCUUGCGGCACUUGGAGGUAAUUUCCGGACAGAAGCUCACACGACUGUUUACAUCAAAUCAGAUAUUACCAAGUGAAUGCCUAAGUUGCCUUGUAGAACUCCUUGAAGACCCAAACAUAAGUGCUUCACUGAUCUUAAGUAUUAUCAGUUUGCUAUCUCAACUAGCUGUGGACAAUGAAACCAGAGACUGUCUUCAAAAUACAUACAAUCUGAAUAAUGUGCUGGCAGGAGUGGUUUGUCGCAGUAGCACUUGCCAUAAUGAUUCUGUGUUUUUACAGUGUAUUCAACUUCUGCAGAGGUUGACAUAUAACAUCAAAAUGUUCCAUUCUGGUGCCAAUAUAGAUGAAUUAAUUAUGUACCUGAUAGAUCAUAUUCAAUCUUCUGAAGAUGAAUUAACAAUGCCUUGUCUAGGAUUAUUGGCAAAUCUUUGUCGGCACAAUCUUUCUGUUCAAACACAUAUAAAGACUUUGAGUAAUGUGAAAUCACUUUAUCGAACUCUUAUAUCCUUCUUGGCCCAUAGUAGUUUAACUGUGGUUGUGUUUGCACUUUCAAUAUUGUCCAGUUUGACUUUAAAUGAAGAGGUGGGUGAAAAGCUAUUCCAUGCUCGAAACAUUCAUCAGACUUUUCAACUAAUAUUUAAUAUUCUCAUAAACGGUGAUGGUACCCUGACUAGAAAGUAUUCAGUUGACCUACUGAUGGAUCUCCUUAAGAAUCCCAAAAUUGCUGAUUAUCUUACCAGGUAUGAACACUUUUCUUCAUGUCUUAAUCAAGUAUUAAGUCUCCUUAAUGGGAAGGAUCCUGACUCUUCUUCAAAGGUUUUAGAAUUACUUCUUGCCUUCUGUUCAGUGACUCAGCUUCGCCAUGUGCUCACUCAGAUGAUGUUUGAACAGUCACCAUCUGGCAACUCCAUUCUGGGAAGCCGGUCUAAAUGUUUAGAACCUAACGUGGCUUUACUUCGUUGGUUAAGCCAACCUUUGGAUGGAUCAGAUACCUGUUCUGUUUUAGCAUUGGAAUUGUUCAAGGAAAUAUUUGAGGAUGUCAUAGACUCUGCUAACUGUUCCUUGGCUGACCAUUUUGUGACCCUUCUGCUGCCAACAAUUCUUGAUCAGCUUCAGUUCACAGAACAAAAUCUAGAUGAGGCCUUAAUAAGAAAAAAAUGUGAAAGGAUGGUCAAGGCCAUUGAAGUUUUAUUAACUCUUUGUGGAGAUGAUACUCUGAAAAUGCAUAUUGCAAAAAUUCUGACUACCAUCAAGUGUACCACUUUGAUAGAACAACAGUUUACAUAUGGCAAGAUUGAUUUGGGGUUUGGAACAAAGGUUGCAGAUUCUGAAUUAUGUAAACUUGCUGCUGAUGUAAUUUUGAAAACUCUUGAUUUGAUGAACAAACUUAAACAGUUGGUUCCUGGUAUGGAAGUAAGCUUCUAUAAAAUCCUUCAGGAUUCACGUUUGAUCACUCCUUUGGCUUUUGCUUUAACAUCUGAUAAUAGAGAACAAGUACAGUCUGGCUUGAGAAUAUUGUUGGAAGCUGCUCCACUGCCAGAUUUUCCUGCUUUAGUACUUGGAGAAAGUAUAGCAGCAAAUAAUGCUUAUAGACAACAAGAAACAGAACAUGUACCCAGAAGAAUGCCUUUGCAGUCAUUCAAUCACAGUCUUCCAGCAUCAGUAAAGUGUGUAACUCCUCCCGUUUUAAAAGAAAGUGUUCCUGGUCUGAACAUUGAAGAAUUAAUAGAAAAACUUCAGUCUGGAGUGGUGGUAAAGGAUCAAAUCAAUGAUGUGAGAAUAUCAGACAUAAUGGAUGUAUAUGAAAUGAAACUGUCCACAUUAGCUUCCAAAGAAAGCAGGCUACAAGAUCUUUUGGAAGCAAAAGCUCUAGCCCUUGCACAAGCUGAUAGAUUAAUUGCUCAGUACCGUUGUCAAAGAACUCAAGCUGAGACAGAGGCACGUACACUGGCUGGUAUGUUGAGAGAAGUUGAGAAGAAAAAUGAAGAGCUUAAUGUGUUGCUGAAAUCUCAGCAGGUUGAAUCAGAGAGAGCCCAGAGUGAUAUUGAGCAUCUCUUUCAACACAACAGGAAGCUAGAAUCUGUGGCUGAAGAACACGAAAUAUUGACAAAAUCCUACAUGGAAUUGCUUCAGAGAAAUGAAACUGUUGAGAAGAAAAAUAAAGAUUUACAGAUCACAUGUGAUUCUCUGAAUAAGCAAAUCGAUACUGUGAAAAAAUUGAAUGAGUCACUCAAGCAACAAAAUGAAAAGACUAUCACCCAACUAAUAGAGAAAGAAGAACAAAGAAAAGAAGUACAGAACCAGUUAGUAGACCGAGAGUAUAAACUAUCAAAUUUACAUCAAAAAACAAAACUACAAGAAGAAAAGAUUAAAGUCUUACAAAAGGAAAGAGAGGAUAAGGAAGAAGCCAUUGAUAUCCUUAGAAAAGAAUUAAGCAGAACAGAACAAAUAAGAAAAGAAUUGAGCAUUAAGGCAUCAUCCCUAGAGGUUCAGAAGGCCCAAUUAGAAGGUCGCUUAGAAGAGAAAGAAUCUUUGGUGAAACUUCAGCAAGAGGAGUUGAACAAACACUCCCACAUGAUAGCAAUGAUCCACAGUUUAAGUGGUGGAAAAAUAAGUCCAGAAACUGUGAAUCUUAGUAUAUAGAAAUUACUGCAUUUUGGAAUGUGUAAUCCCUUGAAUUUUUGUUGUAUUUAUCUGUUGGAGAGGGGUGGGUAAGGAAGAUAAUUUGUGACUCCAAAGCAAUAGGAUAUGAUUAUCUAAUUAUUAAUUUAGUAAAAAAUUGAUGUGAUGCAUGUUUUUAUUUGGUCUUUUGAAUAGAGAUUUUCUUUUUGAAAGGUUUAUUUUGUGUUUCUGGCUUUUAUUGCUUAACACUUUGUUUCUUAUGUUAGAAUAUCCUUAACCUCAAUUAUUAUUUUUCUAGAACUCUUUCCUUAGUUUCUAUUUUUCUUUUGCUUGUGGAUUUAUUCUCAUUUGUAUAGCUGUCGUGGGUGGCUUAACAACAGGGGAAGUAUAUCUGAGAAAUGUGUCACUAAACAAUAUCAUCAAAAUGAACAAACAAAAAUAUGUUGUAGCAUAGUGAAUUAAGCUGCUGCCUGUGAAGGCAGCAUCCCAUUUGCGCGUGCCAUUUGAGUCCUGCCUGCUCUACUUCUGAUCCAGCUCCUGCUAAUGGCCUGGGAAGGUUAGCUGAAGAUGGCUCAAGUGUUUGGGCCCCUGCCAUCCAAGUUGGAAACAUGGAGGAAACUCCUGGCUCCUGGCUUUAGCCUGGCCCAGCCCUGGCUGUUGUUGGUGGCCAUCAGGGGAGUGAACCAAUGGAUGAAAGAUUGUGUGUGUGUCUCCCUCUCUGUAAAAAAAAAAAAAAAAAAAAAAAAAAAGAAUUGUUCAAACAUCAUAGCGAUACUAACAUAAGCUAAGGUGGCCACAACUUUCUAGGUGACCAGAGGACUAUGGUGUCACUAUCACGUAUGCAGUCUGUUUUUAACUGAAAUGUCAUUUUGUGACACAUAACUAUUUAUAUUUUAAAACAAACUUUUUUAGUUUAACAGUCUGAAAUAAUAAGUUGAAAAUGCAAUUAGUAGUAGCAAAAAGUAUGAUACUACUAGAGAAGUUUUUCUCUAAAGUAGCAUGAAAUGAGGCAUCAGUUUAAAAUUAUUUUUAUUGUUCCAUUUAAAAUGAAGUAAAAUAUAUAUGGUAAAUGUUCUUCAUUUAAAAGGGUGCAAUAAUUAGUAAUCAGAAAUAAUAUCCAAAACUGGAAGCUAGAUAUUGUGUUAAUUGAUUAUAUUAUUUUCUCAAGUAACCAGUAGUUUGUAGAAUAUUUAUAUCUUUAGUUUUUGUGAUGAUGACUGAGUUCUGUAUCUAUACUGGUAAUACCAUAGCCAUGAGAUGAUCUGUCCUAGCCUGACCUUGUAGAGUAAAGGCAAAAAAAAUUGAUUUAAUGAGAAAAAAAAUACCCUUGCCAUUAGGCACAUGUGACUGUUGAGCAUUUGAAAUGUGAGCCAUGUAACUGAAGAAUUUAGUUUUACAUUUUAUUUAAUUUACAUUAUAAUUAAUGUUCAUCCUGCUGGACAAUGCAGAUCUAAUCCAUUCUUGGAAGUAUGCAUUUAUAUAACCAGCUCAAUUUGCCUGUUCUUUAAGACCUAUAUAAAUAAGUAACAAUAGUUUUACUUUAUCUAUAGUAUCACUUUUCAUGGUUUCAGAUACCCAUUGUCAACUGCAGUCAAAGUAUUUAGUGGAAAAUUCCUGAAAUAAGCAAUUUAUGAAUUUUAAGUUGCACACAUUUCUGAGUAGUAUAAUGAAGUCUCAUUGUCUUGAUUUAUCAUGUGACAUGAAUCACUACUUUGUCCAGCUUUUUUGUGCUGUAGAUAUUAUCUGCCUGUUAAUCACUUCGUAGUCAUCUUGGUUGUUAGAUUAGCUGGUGUGGUAUGGCAUUGCUUGUGUUCGAAUAUCCCUUAUUAUAAUGACCCCAAAGCACAACUAGUGAUGGUGGCAAUUUGGAUGUGCCAGAAAAGCUCUAAAGUGCUUCAGUAUCAUCUUACAGUAUCACAAGAAGAAUGGUGAGUGUAGUACAUUAAGAUUUUGAGAAAUACACUACUUUUAUACAACUUGUACAACAACAUAUUUCACAAUUGUUCUUUUUCAUUACUAAAUAUAAUUAAGCUGUUACUAUACCUAAUUUAUAAAUUAAACUCUUCAUGGGUAUGUAUAGAUAGAGAAAAAAUCCAUAGCCAUCUGUAGAAUUUGGUAGUAUUUUCAAUUUCAGGAAUGUACUGGAAGUUCUGGAGCUUCUCUCCCUGGAUAAACAGGGACUAUGAUAUCCCAUAUAUAUUUGUAGUAGCUUUUUAUAUAAUGACCACAAUUUUAACCUGUUUUUUCUCUCUCUGAAGAGAAAAACAAUGCAUUAGCUUUGAAAAAGAAUAGUAAUAAUCCUUCAUCACUUUUUAUCCCUUGUAUUACCUAUCAUAUUGUUCCUUGUGGUUUUCUUAUCUUUAGUGUGCUGGACAGUUUUUUCUUUCUGCUUUUUCAUACCUUAGAUUAAGAAAACUUGUGUGUGUAAAUACUCUUUUCUUCUUAAAAAAAAAAAAAUCAUUUUGGGGCCGUUGUUGUGGUUAAAGCCAUGAACUGCAGUGCCAGCAUCCUAUAUAGACACUAAUUCAAGUCUUGGCUGCACCACUUCCGCUCCAGCUCCCUGUUAAUGUUCCUGGUAAGGCAGCAAAGGAUGGCCCAAGUCCUUGAGCCCCUAUACCCACGUGGGAGACUUGGAGGAAGCUCCUGGCUUCAGCUUUGCCCAGCCCGGUCAUUGUGACCAUUUUGGAAGUGAACCAUCAGUAGAAGAUUUCUCUCUGUGUCUCUCCUUCUGUCUCUCUGUAACUUUGCCUUUUAUUAAAUAAUUUUUUUAAAAAAUCACUUUAAUCAAAUUUAAGCUACCUCCAUAGUCAGGGUUUUACAAGUGAUCUGUAUGUAUAUAUGCCCAGUAUCUAAUGGACGAGGAAAAAAAAAAAAAAAACAUAGAAAGUAAAUCAUUACAUUAGGAUAGCCGAAAUCCUCUUAAAAUUUAGCUAGGAAGAGUUUGUCCCUAAGGUAUACAUUAACACAUUUCCUUUUUGCUGUUUAAACUAGCUAUGAGCAAAGAAUUCUCUUAUAAUUUAUCUGAUUGGGAUUUAUACUAAACUUUCUAUUAAUUUAACAUGAUUACAAAAGAAAGUACUUAAUGAAACAAUGCUGUGACAAAGUGAAAUUUUUAGAUUUUGUCCUUUUAGACCCAUUUACUUUUUUUUAGAUUUAUUUUAUUAUUUGAAAGAGUUACAGAGAGAGGUAGAGAAAAAGAGAGAGGUCUUCCAUCCAAAGCUAGGAGCCAGGAGCUUCUUCUAGGUCUCCCACCUGGGUGCAGGGGCCCAAGGAUUUGGGCCAUCUUCUACUGCUUUCCCAGGCCAUAGUAGAGAGUUGGAUUGGAAGAGGAGCAGCCGGGACUAGAACUGCCUCCCUAUGGGAUGCCGGCACUUCAGGCCAGGGCUUUAACCCACUGUGCCACAUCGCUCUACCCUAGACCCAUUUACUUUUAUGUCAUAAAGAUUAGUUAGUUAAUUAGGAUUGUUAUUUUAGGCCUUUUUUUUAUAAUAUCUUUACAACUUUGGUGUAUGCAACAAUUAUUUAUUCAGAUAUCAAAGGUAGGACCCACCACAGAAGAAAAUAUUAGUGGACUUGUCUACAUUAAUAUUUAAAACUUCUAUUCAUCAAAGUUACCAUUUAUUUUUUUUUCUGCUUUUAAAUUUCUUUUUUUUUUAAACUUUUAUUUAGUAAAUAUAAAUUUCCAAAGUAUAGUUUAUUUAUUACAAUGGCUUUCUUCCCCCAUAACUUCCCUCCCACUCGCACCCCUCCCAUCUCCCGCUCCCUCUCCCAUUCCAUUCACAUCAAGAUUCAUUAUCAAUUAUCUUUAUAUACAGAAGAUCGAUUUAGUAUAUAUUAAGUAAAGAUUUCAUCAGUUUGCACCCACACAGAAACACAAAGUGAAAAAUACUGUUUCAGUACUAGUUAUAGCAUGACUUCACAUUGGACAACACAUUAAGGACAGAUCCCACAUGAGGAGUAAGUACACAGUGACUCCUGUUGUUGACUUAACAAUUUGACACUCUUGUUCAUGGCAUCAGUAAUCUCCCUAGGCUCUAGUCAUGAGUUGCUGACGCUAUGGAAGCCUUUAGGGUUCGCUGACUUCGAUCUUAUUCCGACAGGGUCAUAGUCAAAGUGGAGGUUCUCUCCUCCCUUCAGAGAAAGGUACCUCCUUCUUUGAUGGCCCCGUUCUUUCCACUGGGAUCUCACUCGCAGAGAUCUUUCAUUUAGGUCUUUUUUUUUUUUUUUCCCAAGAGUGUCUUGGCUUUCCAUGCCUAAAAUA